AUGAGCAAGCUCCACGAGACGUUCUCUUGCAGGAAGGGCAAGACACGGUGCCUCCUGGAGAGUGCAGCACUCGAGGAGCUGUCAUCGGACAAGUUCGAGGAGACGUACAAUGCACUCCUUGAGCAGGCUGCCGACUAUGUUACAUGUGACUUUGGAACGCUCGCGUCGGUCAACUCGCAUGCAGACCGGUUUGACCUAUUCUACACCUGCCUGUGUCUACCAAAUGACUCCGAACUCCCUCAGAACCCAUGGGACAUCACGAAAUCUGUCCAACUGGCCAAGGUACUGGGCAAGUACCUCAUCUGGCUGCUCGAACAAGCCCAGCCCAUCAAUGACUCUGGCAUGAUCCUUGCCAGUACAGUGCACAUGUGGGGGCAGCACAUCAUGUUCUUGGGUGCAUACAACAUCCUCAGCCCCAACUCUCGCCAGACAGGCUGUGAUUCAGCUGUUGCUCAUGGCCACCUACCAGACAAGAGUGGCUCACUGUGGAACUUGAUUAUCAAGAGCUGGGUUCCCUUGAUGAUCCAGGAGUUCAAUCUUCCAAAGAAGGGCAGCAUCCAGCAGUUCUGGGGCCCUGAUGAGCUGACGCUCCUCAUCCGCACUAUCGACCUGGAUAUCGUUGGCCAAGUGAUCCCCACUCUGUGCCUUCUCAACAUGAAGGCCAUCCUAACCUUCCGGGCAAGGAAGGUGGAUGUCAUGGAUGAACUGACAUAG